CGGGUCCCCGCCCAGGGCAGUUGCGCCCGUCUCCUUGGAGACAGAACGCGGGGCUCAGAAAUGGCCGAUAUUCUGGUGUUACGAGCGGUUCGAGGGAACGCGAGGAAUCUGGAUCUAAGCGGCAAGAAGCUGAAACGGGCUCCAAAGGCGGUGGGAAGGUUGCAGGAAUUGAAACGACUGCAACUGAGAAAUAACCUCCUCACCGACCUCCCGGAGGAAUUCCAGACACUUCACAAGCUGACAUAUCUCAACCUGGGCAAUAACUCAUUUGAAGCACUUCCAGAAGUUCUGAAGAAUCUGAAACAGUUAAUGAAACUCCAUUUGUUCGGUAACAAACUAGAAAAGUUGUCACCAAGUGUGAUUGAGAGCUUAGAAAAAUUAGUUUUCUUGAAUCUGAAUGACAACAAGCUAACAACUUUGCCUGAUGAAAUAAACAGGCUGAUGGGACUCCAAUAUCUUUAUGUGAACACUAAUCAACUGGAGAGCAUUCCGCAUAAACUUUGUCUCUUGCAGCAGCUUUGUGAACUGCAUUUAGCAAACAAUAAACUUAAAUCACUUCCACAUGACAUUGGAUAUUUGACUAAUUUAAAGAAACUUUCUGUGCCAAGAAAUCAAAUCCAGGAGCUUCCAGAAGAAUUAUGUAUUCUAAGGAAGCUAAAAGUUCUAGAUGUGGCUGGAAAUCAGUUAAAUAUUUUUCCAACAGGGCUUAUGGAGCUGAAAUUGGAAGAAUUCUACUUUGAGCAGAAUCCAUUGUUGGAAAAAAAGCUCAUUUCAUCAAUACAACAAAAUGAAGUUUUAACUCUCCAGGAGAUUACAGCAAGAUAUAUCUUGGAUGAGCUGACAAGUAAUUCAUUCAAUUCAGGUUUUGAAUAUUACCCAGAACUGAGAAAGAUAUUGAAAAACGCGAGCCGAUGUGCUGUGUGUCAAAGAAGUUUUCUGAACAUAUGGCUUGAAUGCGUGAAAUUUGUUGAUCUAACACAGAAAAUUAGAAUGACCAGACCUGCUCCUGUUGUUCCUGUUCGGGGCUUACUUUGUUCAUAUAAAUGUUUCAAUAAAUCGGACCAUCAAUACUAUGGAAUAGCAAUGCCAUAAACAUAUGGGAUAAUGACUAUUAAUAAAUUGAAAACAUUCUUGGAGUUGUGAACUGUUAAUGAUGUACAAUGAAGAUGAUGAUCUAAAAUUAAACAAGGAAAGUUCACAAUGUCCAGAUUAUUCUCAGAUAUUCUGUAGAUCCCAAACACCAACAUGCGAUCAUGGCUGUUUCACACAUUUGCUUUUGUUUUAAUAUUACUUGUUAAAACAGUCAUCUUUUUUUUAGGAAAGUUUAAGUGAUUUUUGUGACCAUUAGUCUCUUUAUACUGUUGGUGAAAACAAGCUCAAAUAUUUAGGGAAAAAUCCUAUUGUGUUGCUUUAUACAUUUGAAAUGGAUAAAGGGCACAGUUCAUCCUGGUGCUACAACAAUAUUAUUGCCUUUUUGCUCCUGGAAGCUGAAACAUGAGUUGGACUUGCUUCCAAAAAAUUAACAAAAUGAAUGUUCAGUUGGCUUUUGUUAUACUAAAAACAUUCCAAAUCCUUGUCACGUUUGACAGCCAGCAUAACCUGGAGAUAUGGCUUAAAUCUCUGACAGAACUUAUAUUCUGCUUUUUUUAAUGUAUCGUUAGCCCUCAUGACAACACUAUGUUUACAAGAUCCUGCUACUGCAUAUCUCCACUAUAGAGAUCCCAGACAAUCUUGGCUGGAACAAUGACUCUAGUAAAUAUGUUUGCGUCUAAAUCAUGGAGCAGUGAUGAGCAUUUGAAGCUCAUUACUAUUAUAAAGGAUAUUAACCUGAUUUUUUUAAUUCACUAGUUUCAUAACUAAUAUCUCUCAAAUUAAUAAAUCUAACUUA